GUUUUUGUUUCCAAUGUAGGAACCGGCAAAAUGGUAGAAGAGCUCGCUGCGAAGCUACCAACUAAUGUUUUGGAAGUAAUAUUUUCGUAUUUGAACCUUCACGACCUCAGGAACUGUUCUCUCGUGUGCAAAAACUGGUAUGUGCUCCUCAACGAUGAAAAUAACGACGUGUGGAGGUUACAUUGCAUUUGCAAGCUGGCCGAAGAAGCUCUCAAGUCGGACUUGUUAUCGUCGGUGCCUACGUACAAAGCGAAAUUGCGAGCCUUUUAUCACGCGUGGAACCCGAACGAUUGCUCUAGGAACGUUUACAUUAAACCAAACGGCUUUACGCUGCAUAGGAACCCAGUAGCUCAAAGUACAGAUGCAGCGAGAGGAAAAAUAGGUUUCCGGCACGGUAGGCAUGCAUGGGAAGUGAUCUGGGAAGGUCCACUCGGGACUGUUGCUGUGAUAGGAAUUGCUACGAAAGAAUCUCCUUUACAGUGUCACGGCUAUGUUGCUUUGUUAGGUUCAGACGACCAGAGUUGGGGAUGGAACCUGGUAGAUAACCAUCUACUUCAUAAUGGAGACUCGCAAGGAAACUAUCCGCUGCUAAACAAUGCCCCAAAGUACCAGGUUGGGGAACGGAUACGAGUGAUCCUAGACUGUGAUGACAACACGCUGUCCUUCGAGAAAAACUAUGAGUUCCUUGGUGUUGCAUUUAGAGGUUUGCCGGACAAGAGAUUGUACCCGUCGGUGUCUGCUGUCUACGGAAACACCGAAGUAUCCAUGGUGUACUUGGGCCCGCCGCUGGACGGCUAACGGUUGCGUCAUGUCAACACGGUUAACGUUUCUGUCGCAACGUUUCGCCGGCGUGCCGUGCCUCGGUUCAGUAUUUUUUCGCGGGGAGGUGGACUUUUAUUUUCUACUCGUGGGGGAGAGAGAGAGACUUUUCCCGGUGCGGGCGCCGCGUCGCCCUGCCACCCCUCCUCCGCGUCGCGAGUCACGAGGGGACGUGCCCCGGCCGCAACAGUGCCUCCAGACACCCCGGGGUGCGAGGAUGUCGAGUGUGCCAUCUGUCUGUUUCUACUGCCCGUCUCGUUCGGCCAGGGUCUUCCCACCGGCGUCGCGACAGCAGUCGUCUGUAGUUUCCAAACGUGAUGAGCGCGUGCAUGGGUUUGUAGGAAGAAUCUUUCGGCCAGCCCUUUUGCGGUAAUUUUUAAACUAUUCAUAGAUCGGCACAGAAUUUAGGCAACAAAUCCCUUCUCACCGUUUUAAUAUGUAAUGCACCCCGAAUUAGACAUGUCUAGAAAUCCUCUAGUUCCAAGUUACCCUUUGUACAUCAUGUGGAGGGAAGUUUGGCAGCAUGCAAGUGUAAGGAUCAGGUGAUUGGCUAUAAGGCUAAAAUACGUGCUUUCAUUUUACGCUCUUUGUAGAAUCAUUUACUUCUCGUAGAGGCCGGCGAAAUUCGCGGAUUGAAUUCACGGUAAGAUAAAAUUCAAAUACUUGUACAUUUUUGAUGCCUCUUCUAUUGGCUCACAGUCUAUCUGGAUUAUGAUGAUAUUUAUCCAAGCCAAUGUGAAACACUCAACCAAAGAAGUGUUUAAUCACAGGCUACCUAAUUAAGAAGUUCUGAUGUCUCGCAAGUCAGCAACCGGCGAAUAGGCAAUAUUUGCCUGGCUGUGGAGUUUAUCCUAAAUUUAAUUAAACCCGCGAAUUUUUUCAGCCCCUACUAAAGUUUGUGCGGAAAACAGCAGAUGAUUUCAUAUGUGGUUUUGUCUUCCUUCAGUUUUUGAUUUUAAUCUGAGAACAAACUUUAUAUUUAUUUUAACUCAUCAUAUUUACUUGAUUUGCUGUAAGGAAUUGUAGCUAACCCUAAAAAUAUUAUGUCUCUACUUUAUAUUUUCUUUUGCUUAAAACUACCUUGUAAGUAUUUUCUCUGUGAGCAUCCUACAUAUGGAGCUGUGUAGAGGUUGAUGUAAUUUGUGUGUGUAGUGAGUGCUAUUUUAAAAAUUUUAGUCAAUAUUUUUUCAAGCCUGAGUUGUUAAAGGUUUAUAAAAAAUUUAAUAGCAUAUGCACACGCUUGGUGAGAAAUUCUAACCAGCAACUGUUUUUUUUUAUAAUCUUGUUUCAAAAUAUAUUUUUUUUUUAUCUUUUUUCAAUUCAAAAUAUGAUGAAACUUUGUUUUGUAGUGGAGGAUAUUACUAAGACAGGGUAUCUACAGAUCAUGAAAGUCACAACAAAAAAAAAUCCAAAACUUUAAAACUUUAAAACUAUCUCUGAAAAGGUUUUAGCAUUCUAACUUAAAAAUUGGCACGUUCCGGUGAAGAGUAGCUAUAUAUUGUGAUAUGUUACAAUUUUUUUCAUUAAAUAUGAAAGUUUUACAUUAAAAAUAUUUAGUAAACUUUUCAUAAAAGGUCUUUGAAAGGUCCUGAAAUAGAUUAAUCAGCUAUUUGUAGAAACCCUGUAAAAGAGUAAAUAUUGAGUAAAUUUGUAUUUGAACUUGCUAAGUCAGACAUAUCAGUACUAAAAAAAAAGGAUUUUAUGCAGUAGAAUAAUUUUGAAAUAUGUUAAUAGUAUUUGUGCCACACACUUCAGGUUUCCUUGCUGUUUCAGAUACACAAUGUGUGGAUGUAUUAAUUGCAAAUGGUCAUAGUGAAUUGAAGAAAUAUGUACAAGUUUUAUGUUUAGCUAGUUAAAAAUGUGGAGCAGUUUUAAAUAACUGCUUCUCUUUGCUUUUUUUUUUACUUUGAUACAAUCUAAAAAAAAAAUUAACUUCCCCCCCCCCCCCCCCCCCCCCCCCCCGAUGUCAUUAAAAAUGUGAAAUUAGAUGUUUACAGUUAAGUUGUAUUGCAUUCUUGCGUGUCUCAUUUAUACAUAUUGACAUUUUUCUGUGGUUACUACAGGCUGUCUGUAAAAGAAUUCCCCAGUUUCAACAGGUUAAUUUAGACUAUUUACAACAAAUUAUGCAUCAAAUUGAAGGUAAACUAACGUACGUUUUCUUAACAAAUGUUCAAUAUGUGCACCUUUAGUUAAAAGGCACACAUCCAGUCUAAGGUCCCAGUUCUUCCCUCACUUUGGUUAACACGUCCAGCAUAAUAGAAGCAAUAGUAGCCUCUUCAAUUCUGUGUCUCAACUCUGGCAAAUCAUUAGGUAUUGGCGAAACAUAGACACAAUUUUUUAUAAAGCCCCAAAGUAAAAAAAAAAAUUGCAUGGCAUUAUGUCAAGUGAACGUGGAGGUCAGCGAAAAAGAGCUCUGUUCUCGACCAUUAUGACCAAUCGAACGGUCAGGGUCUUCGACGUUCAACCACUCUCGCACAAAGAUAUUCCAAUGGGAAGGGGCUCCAUCAUGUUGUCAAAGUUUACAGGUUCACCUUCUACUAUUCGGGGAAAGAGCCAUCUAAUUGUGCUGCUAGCGAGAAAACAACAAAGCAGUAUUUGCGCAUGCGCUUAUGUAAAACUGUUUGAGUUACCCUUUGAUUGGGACCUUUAACCAACAUUCUACAACACUUAUGGUUGAUACUAUUAAAUUUUAUAACCGGGACAUUUUUAUAUAGACAUACUAUAUUUUAGUUAUGGUUGAGAAUAGGAAAUGCCAUAUUGGUUUAACAGUUUUUAUGGCAUAUUUGUAUUGCUUGAUAUGGAAAUUUACUUUAGUUAAAGCAGAGUGAACAUACAUAUUUAGAAAUAUUCAAAGGCCAUGAUAUAGUGUAUGUUGAUAUAAUUUCAGUUAUAGUCAUUUCCAAAAGUUAAUUCAAAUACUAGUGACUUCAAAGUAGAAACUAUUUGUAGCAGCCAGUGACUUUAAACUUCAGACAUUCCAUUGAAUUGUAUUACUAUGCUUUAACAAAGUAGAGUCUUGAAAAUUAAUAAAAUUAAACUAGAUAAUGGUUAUGACCUAAGAACUAUUGAAACUUAGAAACAUCUUUUUGUUCCCAUCUUUUUCCCUUAGUUACCGUAUUCACCUGAAUAUAGUGCUAUGAUUUUUUUUUCCAAAACUGUGGAAACUAAAAGUGGGAGUCGCAUUAUAAUAGCAAACCUGUACCUUGCCGAUGGCUUAGUUGAAGAACUGCAUGAUCUGCCUGUAAACUGCAUCACUCAUGCCACUUUAUUCCGGUUCUUUCUGAACCGCUGCACGGGCGUGACGAAUGAGAGAUGCAGGGUGAAGAAGGUGAAGUGCCCGCUCUAGGGGUCUCCUCCAUCCGAGGCUUAUUUAUGUUUUCCACAGCAUGGACGCAUGUCGGGGUGGCUAACCCCUCACACGCCUUGCAUUCCUGCCUGGGUUUCCAGCGAUGGGUUAGUCUCCACUCCAUGGGCCCCAACCUGACCCGCAGCCCUUUUCAGGAUCUCACCUUUCCCAAGGGAUCGAUCACUGGGGACUAAGUCCCCCACCCUUUCGGCUUAGCCCCUGUUAGCAAUCCAGCGGUACCACGAGGAGGUAGGGGUCGCCUUGCCCUGAGAGGCUAUGAUUGCACAUCAAUGGGCCUUUCCGCAACUAUGAUGGGCGCUAGUCUCGGAUACUAGGACGACAUGCCCCGACACCUCAAGCGACUGCAUCCCGUCUCUCGAGAUGGACCACUGUUGCCAGUAGUCAGAACUCGUUUAUUUAACAAAUAAAUUUGUUAUAAACAUGCUUUGUAACAGGGUUACAGUAAAAAUGCACAGGGAUAUAGAAUAGACAAAAGAAAACAACACAAGAUCCAGUAGUCUGGUUGAACAGCUGGGCUUUCUUCUCCUCUUCUCUCCGUCAUCUUCCGGUCUUGGUGGGGUCGACAUCUCUUCGUGCUUCUCUCAGGAAAAUGAUGCUGCAGUCAGUCAGCUGGGCCCUCUUCUUCUCUUCGCUCCAACAUCUUCAAGUCUUGGUGAUGAAUCGCCUCUCUUAUCUUCGACGUUGAUUAGCUCUAAUUGCAUAAUUAUUCUUCCUCCAAAUACAGGACAUAAAGGUCCGAUGGAUCUUGACUCCGUAUAACAAAACAUUAUGGAUAAUUAUUCCAAUCAGGGAGGCAGGCAAUUUAAACCUUUUCCAAAUAGCUUCAUUUUCACUGAACCAUGAGCCUCGAGCUCCGACCACAAAAGGAAGGUGGUAUACCUCAGUAACAGCAUACUUCGUUUGGACUUUCUCAUUAAUCUCAGCGAUGUCGUACUUGCUCUUCUUUAGCAGAAAUGCUGUCUGCAAGGAGUCUUUAAACUCCCAGCUAAUAGUAGUAUCUACUAUGUAGGCUUGGUUGCCAUCGAUGACAAUUAUAUCGGGCACGUAUCGAGUAGACAAGGCAUGAAGUCUUGGUUCCAAGAAUACUUGAAAUUUUUUCUCGGCAAUAACCGCAUACAGUAGUCCAUUUGCCUUGUCGUGCCGUUCAAUUCUCUGGAAGUGAGUAAUUGGACAUCUCUGAAUAACGUGGGAGAGAGACUCCCUCACAUUACAGACAUUGCUGCGACAUUUUGCGUGUUCUUCCUUGAUAUAUGGUGGACCAAUAGUGGGUAGUAGCCCCAGCCGCAGAUGUAAUGGAGGCGAUAUACUCCCUCCCUGACCACCAAGAGGGAGGGUUCAAUAUCCAUUUACCCCCUUGGGGUACCAUAUUGUUAAGGCCACUACCCAAAGAAGUGUCAUUAUGUAGUAAUGAAGUCCAGUACUUCUUACUUGCCGCCUUAGAGGGUCUAAUCUGAGCCAAGAUAACACACAAUUUGUUCCGUAGUUGUUGCACAGGCAUACUUUGCAAUACUUCAAGUACACGUAGGUCAGUUGACCUUGCCAAUCUAUUAAUUCUUCUUGUAUAUAUUGCUCCAAUUUGAUGCCUCAGGCAGGGAAUAGACAAUCCUCCACUCCGGAUUGGAGUGUAGAGGAAAGGUGAAGGCGUUGUGAUAGGUAAAUGUAAUACCUUUUUAACGAAAUUAGCAAUAGCUCUAUCGUACGCCUUAAGUUUGUGUACAGUGAUAUCCAUGCACAUGAGUCUAUGGUAGGUCCUAGGUAUUACAUACCUACUGAGCAUGGUUAACUUCUGCCAUGGCUUUAAAGGAGCCUUCAAAAGCUUCAUAAGCUUAUCAUGUAGGAGGUCAAGUCCUAAAGCUUGAGAUGAAGCAUUCACAUAAAUCUGCCCCAGGUAUUUCCAUUGGGACACUGUGUUCAAGGCUUUUAUGUCGUCUCCGCAAAUUUUUAACAGACUCUUGGUCUGAACAAACACCCUCUUAAGCUUGUAAACAAAACACUUAUUCGCAUUACAUUGCAUGCAAGUAUCAUCUAAGAAUUUUUCUAAUACGUAUCUUAAUCUUCUUCGUCAUUUCGAAGGCAUCCUUGGAAAGGAGUACAAUGUCAUCAGCAAAGGCCAUUGUGUGCACAUUCACCGUCUGUAGAGGGAUGCCUUUUCCUUCCUUCUCCAGAGUGAAAAGUAGAGGAUCAAGCACAAGGUUAAAUAGGAUCCCACUCAGGGGGUCAUCUUGUCUGACUCCUCUAUUCACGACUAGAUCUUCAGAGUUUUCGCCUUUGCAUUGCAAUACAGUCACAUUAUUGGUGUACAUGUUCAUUAUAUGUCCGAUUGUAUGCUCAUCAAUUCCACUAGCAUACAAUGCAUUUAGUAUAGACUCAAAACAGACACUAUCGAAAGCCUUACGAAGGUCGAUACUUAGUGCAAUUAUAGGCUUCGCUUUAUUCUUGUGUGUCUUCAGAAUGGAUUCAAGGAUCAAGGAAUUGCACAAGAUUCCAUCCUCUCGAGUGAAUCCUUUCUGGCUGUGAUGAUGACUGGUCACAGCUUCCAACCUGUAAUAAAUGAUCUUAUCAAUCAUACUGAUAAGGAUGCUAGAUAUGGUAAUAGGCCUCCAGUUACAUUCUUGUUCUAGGUCACUAUUACCCUUAGGAAUCAAGACAGUGCGAUUCUUCCUCAUAACAGAGGGAAUGUAAUGUAGGAUCCAUAUAACAUUAGCCAAUAUGCACAAGUCCUUUUUAUUCAUGGACUCAAGAUGUUCCUUUUUAAGGCCAUCUAAACCAGGAGAAGAAUCUGUCAUAGUAUUCAGUGCCCUCUCAACCUCUUCUUUAAGUAAAAUUCCACUUAGAUCAUGCUGUGUAUAUGUCUGUUUCCUCACUUGUGGAGGAUUAUCAGGAGCUGCAUACAACUUCUUAUAGGCAGUGACAAAGACCUCCAUAGGAGGUUUGACGUCAGAUGUACUUUCGCCAUCUAAUAUGGUGGCAGCAUCCCUGGCUGGUUGCUUCCAAUACAAGUGUUGCAUUUGCGCAUAAUUAGCUCAUCUUGCACUUUCCUUUACUGAAAACAAAUUACGUUUACGUGUAUUCCUUUUUCUUAGUACCCAUGAAGAGGCAGGAGACUUCUUCUUCUUUACUGCAUGGGAGUCAACUCCGCUUAUAUUGAUUGCGUAAGCAAUAAAAGUACAUAUAAUUUGAUCGAUACAAACAAUAUCCCUCACCUUUGCUUGGCAUUUCUUAAUAGCCAAUUGCAUUGGUAAGGAAGGAUCCGGGCAAUAAUCGCUCAACUCACUCAACAUUGGUGUUAUUUUAUCUUCAUCACUCUUUACAGAAUUUGCAAGGGAGACAACUUCCUCUCCACAUUGCAAUUCUUUCUGGGUAUUAGCAUCCUCCAACUCACGCUUCAAUCUAUCCAAAACCAUCUUAUAGGUUUUGUACGAGCUUUCUUGAUAGCUUCACUAGUGCGUUGCAGCUUCAUUGCAAUAUCUUCAUUAAUUUUUGUUUAUGCCCUUUGGGCAUGCUCAUUUCGAUAGUCGCCAUGAGCUGAUAAGUCUCAUCAGUGUACCGAACAGAAGUUCGCUGUUGGGCUAAUUCAGACUCCUGUAUAUUAUAAGCUUCAGUAUGACUUCUUUUAUCAUGUUGUCGAAGUCCUUCAAAUGUCUCAAAGGACAAGCUGCAGCCUGGUCUUUGGCAGUAGUAUUUACCAUCGCGGGCAACAGGAGUCUGAAUACAUCUGGUUAUAUGUCUUCUUCUGUAUUCAAUGUUUCGAUCGGACAAGUCCCGCUUGCAGGUGGAACAUUUGUCACAGUGGUCUUCUUUUCCCAGUCCUUCACCCCUGUGCAUCCUUUGUGUCUCUUGGGCGUGGGAGAUUACCUCCAUUGCCCCCUCCCUUAUUUAUGGGGAACUCAUUAGUUGAGCUUCCCCCAUCUGAGGCUCUGCUUUAUUGUCUGCAGCAAUUAAUGGGUAAACAUGCCAGGGUUGUUAGCCCUGACAUGCACGCAAUCCUGCCGGUAAUGCUUCCCCCUUACUCCGGGCCUGAUGUUUGGGCUAGCGACGGGGGAGUCUCCACUCCAUGAGUCCCAACCUGACCCCCAGCCCUUUUCUGGGCCUCUCCUUUCCCGAGGGAUCAGCCACUGGGGACUGAGUCCCCCACCCUGUUGGCGUAGCCCCUGUUACAAAACCAGCGGUACCACGAGGAGUUAGAGGUCGCCUUGUUCCUGAGAGACUAUGUAUGACGCAUCAGGGAACCUUUCCGUAGCUAUGUUGGGCGCUAGUCUCGGAUACUAGGACAACGUGUCCCGACACCUCAAGCGACUGCAUCCCUUCUCCCCCUUAAGAGAGUCAUAGUUACUCCCGCCAGGUGAAGAAGAUUAUGCAAAUUUAGUUUGUCACUGGGUUCUUCCUCACUGUGGCUCCUCUUUCACCCCCCCCCCCCCUCUCCCCAUGGGACCAUGAUAUACCACUACAUUUUUUCUCUUCUUUCUUUUCUAAUUAUGUCUUGGUGUUUCAGAAGAGACCAUGUAUAUCACUCCACUGAUGAAAGUAGCGCCAGAAAGAUCCUAGUAAAUUUGAAAUAAUUUAAAUAAUUUUCUGUAUGUGUACAUGAAUUGCGAUUUACAAUCCAUUAAGUCUUUUUCCUAAACUCAUACUCAAAAAGUUUGGGAUUGCAUUAUUUUUGGGUAAAUGCGGUACCUUUAAGCUUUUUUUUUAAUAACAUCACUCCUUAAGGGGGCCAUCUAGUCGGGAUGUAUGUGUGUUAGUGAGGCAGGAUGGUAAAUGUGACACUCGCUGGUAUUUCUAGCACAGUAUACCCUCUAAACGCAAGGCUCUAAACUGGCGUGAAAUUUUAGCGGUGACCAGAACCUUAUAUGGGUGAGAAACGAAGAUAAAAGUGUAAUGCAAGGCCCAUAACUGCGUUCAAGAAUCUGUACCAGUUGUUUUGAGCCUAAAAAUUACUCUGAAAACACUCAUUUUAGCCGUUUUAACUCUUCUAAAAAUACAGUUUAAAACUUGAUCCGAAAUCAAAAGUACUUUUCGGCCCUCAGCGAACUCUCAAAUGCUGUUCGUAAGCAGACCUUACUCGGAUAUCUUGAGUAGUUUGGAAAUUGUGUUGUUUUUUCUAAGGCUCUGCGCACCGUUUGUGUGUCCGGGUAGGCGGAGCCCUUAAUAUCCAUUGUGAAUUUUAUCGCAGUUAUUACGUUUUAAUACUAAAUGGUACAAUUUGGAUAAUUUAACAACGAGGUGUAGCAUUGGCUCCCAACGUGUGUAGAUCUUUUACUCUUCUCUCUCACUGGGUGGCUCACAUACCUCACACAGUCGGACUGCAGGCAUGUCACAACGGACAAAGAUCAUGCUUAUUUAGCAUCAACACUUGACUUCUUCUUAAGUGAAUGCUUGCUUGCCGAGGGAUCACUUGUACAACUGUAAAGGAGCACAGCUGUUAAAAUAGUAACAAAACACGAAAAUUAGAACAUUUAUUUGCAAAAUUAUCCAAAGUUAACAACUAGAUAAUAAACAUACUGGCAUGUGUUAAUUUUUUCUUGAAUUAAAUAAUUUACAUACUAAAUAUUUUAAAUGCAUGCUCAAUUAAGGAGUCAAAUCAUUCUAUUAUUAAUAUGAUUGUAAAUAUCUUACUAAGACAAUUAAAUGUUUUAAUAAUAAAUUAUUGAGAAAUACAACUUACUGAUCAGAAACAUACUAAUUGAUCAACAAAAAAAUUACUCAAAAAUAGCAGGUCUUAAUGGUCCUUAAUUUUUUUCUGUCUGUGUGCAAGACAGUCUUCAUUUCUUGAAACUAGCAACCGAUUUCAGCCCCUGUCGCCACGUCAAAGUCUGGUUUAAAUGUGCACUCGAACUCAAACUGGAAGUACAGAAAUGCCUCAACUACACCAAAAACACGUAGCUUUCUAGGGCCAAACCAUUGAAAGUUAUUAUAUGUUUUUGCUCAAUUGUCCAAUCAAAAUAAUGUCAUCUUCAACUUUCAGUCAGUAAAUAAAUAAAAUUAAUAAAUGUAGUUACUCUUUUGUAGCCUCCAAACAACUUAAGGAAACCAGUAGUCAAACAAAGGUUAAAGUAUUUGUGGAGAGAGUGAGCUAGUCUAUUGUAAGUCCGUGAAAACAAACUACACCAAAAGAUUUUUCCAUCUGUAUGUAUUUCAAAAUAAAUACUUACCAUACAUGCACACUACACCUAUACCUCACUUAGCACAAGUAAUUUGUUCCUACAAUCGCUCGUGUUAUUCGAAAUUGUGUAUUCUAAAGCAUUAGUUUCCAUAAAUUGCAAGGCUAAUUUAUUUAAUGUGUCCCAAAAUUGUGUAGGAAAAUAUAAUUUAUUUAAUAUAAAUGCGUUGAAUAACACUCAACUGUAAAUAUGUCACACCAUUUAUCUUCAUAUGCCUCCCAUCGCACUUUGUAUCACAAAUACGACACUGUGUAACGGGAGAUACCUGGUUAUGUACUUUAUCGUCAGUCGGCUGGCUGACUGGCCCGCCCGGGCGUGACCUUCAACUCACGUCGCGUACCUUCUCAAACCAUCCUUUACUGACGGUGAAACCGAUAUUACUGUGACUUGAUGUAAAUUUUUGGACAUACGCCAUUGCUAUGCACAUGUAUGUCUGUAGAAGAAAACUACAAAAAACACAAAUGACAAAGAGUCCCACCUGUGUUUUCGUACCGUGUGCGUCUCUGCCUGAGGACGGGAGCAGAUAGCAGUUCCCGAAACGUCGCUUGUUUCUGUUUUAGAAAACUGUUGUGUUUGUUUCGUUUUGUCUCGUUUUGACUGUUGUGCUCAAUUUUUUUGGGUUAGAUAUUUUUGUGCUGUCAUCAUUUGUGGGAGUUUUUUUGUUCUCUUCUGUUUUUUGGAAAACUAUUGUGUUUGGUUCGUCUUUUCGUUUUGCUGUGUUUUUGUCUUGUUUCAUCUGUUGUGCUGAAUUUUUUGGGUUCAGUAUUUUUGUGCUGUCAACAUUUGUGGGGGUUUUUUCGUUCUGUUAGUCCAUUUUUCUUUGUUUUUCUUUGUUUGUUGACCAUAUUCCUGUUGUGGAGUAUUGUGUGGUGUUUAUAUCCUGACAACAGCAAUUUUUUGCUUAAUUUUUUUUUUUUGUCAUUUGUGUUUUUUUGUAGUUUUCUUCUACAGACAUACAUGUGCAUAGCAAUGGCGUAUGUCCAAAAGCUUACAUCAAGUCAUGCACUCCCAUUGCACAAAUCUUUCAAAGAUAGGAUAUUACUGUCCGGAUAGUUACAUUUUAAUUUUUCAAAAAUUAAAGUGCUUAUUCGCGUAUCACCUCCUGGUUCACACCAAUCCUGUCAGGCAAAUGAUUAUUUUUUUUCAUUGCAACAUUCAUUUAACAACCUUUUCCAUGUAAAUCAUCUGUUCAUUUCUAUUCCUGUAUCUAAUGUCAAAUAUAUUCCCGCUAGUACAACCAACAGCAUCAGACUUAUAUAAAUUUUUGGUAAGAGACCUUAUUUUGUACGAUUGUGCGCACAAUUGAAUUGCUUAAAACUGAAGUGCGACCAACAUAAGCGUGGCCUUCAUGACAAUCUGCCUGCCGUAAUACUUCUAGUUUUGUCUCAAAUACUUGAACACGAUGCAUUAUGAGUGAUCAAGCACGUACAGUUACCGUCAGCUGAAUGGUCAGACGUUGCUUUUGUUUGAGUGAAUUCCCUGCCACUGGCUAGACUGAGUUCACGGCCCGGUUUGUGGCCAGGCGACAACAGUACGGCACGGAUGCAUACGCACGGACGUAAAAACAUUUGGUACUUUACACUCUAUCGCCACAAUUUAACUUGCCAUAGCUGAUGUUUGUACAACAGUUGAUAGCGUAGUCUGACCAGCGCGCCCAUCUCUUACCCCCUUGUUUGGCUAACUGUAUGCCACGGCACAUCUGUUGUUUACAGAAGUUGAAACAGACUUCGUGGUGUCGUGCCAGACUUUUUUUUUUUUUUUUUUUUGCCUACGGAGAUUUCGUGCUAACUGAAAUUUACAGACGUGCUAUUCAAGACUGGGGCAGUAAAAUUCACUUCACGCCAAAUGAAUCCGCGCAGUCUGAAGACAUGCUAAGUGAAGGAUAGGUGUAUUGUCAAGUGCAUGUUGAAACUAUACUUAAGUCAUUUCAUGGCAUCUGCUAAAUAAAUACUAAGUAAAAUAUCAAUUAGGUAAAAUUUCAUCCAAAAUUAAAGAACUCAACUAAAAUGUUUUGGAAAAGUUACUGCUUAAAGAAAGAUUAUUUAACAGGCAUUCAACAAAAAACAUAGAAGGUACGAGUCAGUGGCGUACUCGGUGGUGCAAACCGUAAUAAUGAACUACGUGAUCAAUUCAAUUUUUGUAAUAAAGCUAAGUAAAGUAUAUGUUAGCAAUCAGCCUGUUGCAUACAAAGUCUCAAAAACAAAAUCAUGAGAAAAGCUAUACCACCCCAAAAUAAUGUGGGAAAAAGCCCUCUCAGGUUCCUUCACAAAUUUUUUUAAAAUAUUUAGGCUUGUUGAAGAAUCAAAAUAGAAGUUCUCACCAAGUGAUGAAUCGUGUAAGCUAUUUUGGCAAGUAUCCACUGAAAGAUGAGUCAUUGUCUGUAUAAAUUAAGGCGGGCAGGUAUUGCCACAUCGUUCGUUGUAGCCGCAAACUGUCCACCUUGUUUCACGUAUCACAUGGCUGUUGGCUCACAGUUCAAACUGCGACACCUGAUCCCACAUCACGAAGUCCGUUAGCAGACUGACACGACUCCGCCGCAUAAGCAUAAAACAAACUCCGGCUAAAUUUCUAGCAAUAUAAACAAAAAUGCUUUUAAAAAAUGUGAACUGGUAAAAAAAAUUCCUGUAAAAUUUUUAAAUAAUCACUUAAAAUACAUUGAUAUUUAUAAACAAACAAAAUAUUUUAAUUUGGUGAAAUCGAACUGACAAAAAAUUUUGAUGAUAAAGAAAACCACACGUACCCAUUUAACUUACCGGAAAUAACUGACCUAAAUCUUACCCAAAAAAACUUCAAAAAUAGUAUAGUAACAGUAAAAAAAUUAAGUAUAGUAACAGAAAAAAAUCCUCUGAGGCAGAUAACACUAUGCCGUAAAGUAUAUCCUACUAUCCUGAAUAAUUCUAAAUAUCUUAUGUUGAGGAGGAGUAACAAACACAGAUUACUUACAGAAGUAAUUCAUUCAUGUAAUGAAUGUUCUGUGAAUUUUUUUUUGCGACAAGGUAGCAAAAUUUUGCCAUUUCUACUCUAAUUGAUGCAAGUAGCCUUUGAUGAAAUCUCCUUCUGUUGCUUACUGCAAACCACUUGCAGAUUUGCAUUGUGUGUGAUAAAAAAAAUUAUUUUGUGACAAGAUGUUAAGUGUUGCAUAAGCUGUAUUCUGAUCUAUCCACUGCAAAAGAGAAUGUUACGUCAGGAAUAAGUUUUUUUUGCAGGCAUCUCAUAAAAGUGUAAAACUAUAUUUUUUUUAUAAUUUAUAGUAAGUAAGGCUUUAUUAAUUUAUUACAUUUUCAGUAAGGUAUUUUUAAUUGGCAAGAAGCUAGGGAACCAUAUCCUAUUUUAUGAUAAACUUCAUAUAACUAUGUAGUGUAAUCUAACUUUUAUGUCUUAACAAUGUUGAGGAUGUUAGCAAAUUAGCAAGUUCAUUUUUUUUGUACUGAUGUGUUUUAAGCAAUUUAAAAUGCAAGAAAAUUCUUACCAGGAUUGUACAUAAACUUUUAGUUGGCAUGAAAUCUAGGAUUCUUUUUUUUUAUUCUUGUACAAAUCUUCAGCUGCAUCCAUUUUUAUACAAAUUUGUAUUUCUUCACUGCAUCUUUGGUAAUAUACUCAUGAGCUAUUUCAUUGUUCAGGGUCUGUGAUCUAUGGAAUGUUUUGAAAAAGUACGAUAGUUAUGUGAAUGAAACAUUCAUGUCAGUUGGGAUUUUAAAUUUUUAAUGCCUCCCCUUCAUUUAUGGAAGGUUGUAUUGUUUUUUAUUUCACAUAUUUUGUUUAUCAAGGCAUAAUUUUUAUACAGAAGGUUGUCCAUUUUCAGGAUACCUAAUCUAUAUAUCUAUAAGUAUGUACAUUUGUAGUUUGAUCAUGCCUGUGAAAAAUAUUUUACACCUUGCAGCUAUAAUCUAGCCUCGUAAAUAAUUUAUUUUAAACAUUAGCCCCUUAACAUAGUUAAUUUGCAUGUAGUUCAAUAUUCUGUACAUUUUACGUCAACAUUUAUUUAAUAUACGUAGGAAUUUGUUCCAUGGGGUCCUUUAUUGUCGUGACCUAUUUCAUCACUUACGUACUUUAAUGUUUUAUGAGUAUCUUUAAAGAUUACUGAGGGGUAAACCUUGUUAACAUGUCAGCAUUCCUUUAUGUUUUAAACUGAAAUUUGUGAAUUCAACUCAUAAUUUAUUUAUUUAUUUUUUUUGGGGGAGGGGGGGGAGGGUGUGUUAGAAAAUUUUAUUCUGCCAUAUAAGUAGCAUUUUGUAAAUGUUAUACAUUUAUGAAAAACAGCAAGUGCAUAUGAUUAACAGUAGGUUCCUACCUUUCUGUGUUCUUUUUUUUUUUUUUUUGGGGGGGGGGGGGGGUUGGUUCUUUAAAACAGAGGCAUAUGAAUCCAUGACAUUGCAUUGUAUUGUUAUGUUGUGCUCUUGUUUGUAAAGUGCAUAAGUAAUUUUUACUUACUUUUAACUUCUGUAGAGCCUAGUUUAGAUCAUGAAAGGUAUGUAUUAAAACUGUUCAGAUAUGUUUUAUGAACAAACCUCUCAUUUAACUGUAUGGAAUAUUAUGUAUGCACUACAGUAUAGCCAACAAAAAAAUUAUGACUCAAAAAAAUUAUAUUUGGUUGUUGAUUUGAUUUUAUUAUUUAUACAUUUUAAAUUUUUGGAAGCAGAUUUUUUUUAUCGCAAACGUUCAAAAGAAACUACAGUGAAACCUCAUUAAUAAAAACCCAGUUAAUACGAAAUUCUCAUUAACAAAAAAAUUUUUCUCAGUCUCUAGAAAUGCCAUAGGGGUUAUAGUGCUAAGUAAUAUGUUUAAUACAAAAGUAUGGUUAUUAAUAGACAAGAUUUUAUGGUUUUAAUUUUAGGCCAAUUUCAUUUUUAAAAUGAGAGAUUUUAGUGUUAUGGUUUUUAUUUUUUUAUGAACUGUGUUUACUCAUAAAGUUAUCUAAAUUUUAUUUAUUUAUUUAUUUAAAUUUUUUACAUGCCUACCAACAGUCUUAAGACUUUAGAGGUGGGACUUUUCAACAAAUACAACACUUUUUGGUUCAGUGAUAAAUACUUCACCAAAACAAUGUAAUUUUGAUUGAUACAUGAUAAAAAUUUUUACAAUAUAAUAAUUUGUAAUAAGCGUCUCUAACUACUGGUAACAAUAAAAAUAAAUCAGCAAUUACAUGAGUGCUUGUAAAAUGUUCCAAUGUCGUAAUGUCAAAAUUAAUUACUAAUAAUAGUUGCAUUAUCAUAAAGAGCAAAAAAAAUUCCAUUCUAGUUACUACAUUCCUUUUUGGUAAAAAUAUAUCAAUGUUAAAUAAUUUGUGCUCAUUGAAUUUAAUUUAUUAAAGAUUUUAUUUUUGUAAUCUGAGUUGAGUUUUGAUUAAAUAUGCUGAUUAAUUUCAUGAUUUUUGUUACAUUUUGGUGCUUUAUGGUGCAUUGACACGCUUUUCAGUGUUAUUUCGGCUUUAUCGCAAUUCACCAUAUAAUCUUGUCCCUAGUUAUUAUGUAAUAAAAAGUUGUUUUUGUUCCAAGGGUAAUUAAUUACAUGUAGUAAAGAAUGGUUAAUACAAAUAUUCAAGAAUAAUAUAAAGAAACAAUGUGAAGUUUCAACUGAAAUAAUAUUAAUGCCAUUGCUUUGGUUCAUUGUAGGUACGCGAAAAAAGCUGAGAAAUUGUUUUCUUCCAAAAUGAUGAUAGUUUGUCGUUUUGUAGGUAAUUUCAAGACCUUUGCUUUAUUCUUCUGUCGUAAAAACAGUAGGGGAAAAAAAAUUUUAAGACACAUGUGUCGCUAUCCUAAAAUUAUAUUUUACAAUCCCUAAAAAAAAAGGUAGAUUUGGUUGGUAUAAAACUGUGUGCAAGUUUUAUCUUUAUUUGAAAUUUUAUUAAGAAAUUGUAUAAAAAUUGGGAUUGUUUGGCUAGUGUAAACGUGGUUAUUGCAAAAUUAUGGUCCCUUCAGGUUUGUAUUAUUGAGGAUUUACUCUAGGUUAAACAGUGGAAUGCCUAGUUUCGGAGUGUAAAAAUCAUUGUUGCUCUCCAAUUUUGAUAUCCAAUAAUUACUUUACUUACUGUGAUAUGUGUUUUGUUAUUGUAUUGUUAAGUUUUUAUGUGUACAGAUUUUCUUUUUAUACAUUUUAUAGUACAGAAAUAUAUUUUGUCUCCCAGAAGAUGGUUUUAAGCCAUGCAGUAGUGUUUGAUAAAUGUGUGUAUGUGUUGUUUGGUGGUCGUAUUUAAUCUACUGAUGCUAUUCACUAGUAGCUUGAUGGAAGAAUGAAUAUUGUGUUGGAUGAAUUUUGUGUGAAGUAAGUUUGAAUUUGGGAACAAAUUUUAUUUUCCAUUACUAUUCAGUUGAUGUUAAGUGUACAUUUUCAGUGUGGCAUCUGUUUAAAACUUUUUGUGUGGGUCUGAAAUAUGUGCAGCUGACAUUCUGUUAGCUGCGAAGUUUAUUUGUUAACCCUUUAGCGACGGACGCUGAGUGCGUCGUGCGCGACCUUGUGGCCGGGCAUGUGGCCGGCCGGCCGAGCCCCCUGUACGGGCCUCUUCCGACUGGAAUCCACCUGAUAAGCGCGCUCGCUAGUUUUGUCCGCUCUUCUUAAAAUAAAUAACAUUUUUACGAGUAAUUUUUGAUUUUCCAAAGAAAACGUUUUACAUGAUUAUAUUGUACAUGCUACCAUUACAUUAUUAUUUAGUGAAUCGGCAGCAGCGCACAAACAUUAUUUUAAUUCGUAUAGUUUUUCUUUGAAUAUUUACUGCGGUUUCUUAGCUGAGGUGUACUUGUAGAAUAAGAACUUGGUACUUCUUGAAAUAAACCUGGCUACUUGUCAAAAUAAACCUUGGUUUGUAACAAAAUAAACUCUUUCUUUGCAGUGUUUUAGUUUUGAUUACAAACAGUCAAUAUUUAUGUAGAAUUAAAAACAAAAUAUUUUUAUUUUAACUUACGAAUCUGCUCCGCAGAAUGAACAAAGCAGUUGUUAAUUUUUUUAUAUUUGAAAACAUUUUACACGUAUAUAAAGUUCAUGUUAUUUAUGAAUCUGCUGAUGGGAAUACAUAUUUCAUUUUUUUUAAUUAUUAGCAAACCAUAAGAAUAACAAAGAUACUUUGUUUUAAAGCUUCACAUAAUACUCUCACUUGCAGAGUACUCACAUCGCUUACAUAAAAACGUAAUUGCCACUUGCUAUCUUUAGCUCUGAUAUUAUUACAAACACAUAUAAACAAAAUAUUUAUAGUUUAAGCAUAUUAUUUACAGCGCACAAAAUAUUUACAUUGCAACCUUUGAAUCAGCUCUGCAUAAUUAAACAAAGUAUUUUUUACUGGAAUUAUUAGUCUACAUUGAAAUCAUUACUAUUAUUGAAUGGGCAAAACAAAUGUCUUUCGCCUUCUUAUGCAUAGCAAAACAAACAAAUUCACACAGUCUUUGCAAAGGAUCCCAAAAUUCAAAAACUUUUCAAACAUAUAAUAUUAGUUGAUCAAAAUAUUAAUUUUUUAUGCAUCGGCACCAGGGAAAAUGUUUUUCACCUCGUGGUACAUUGCAAAACAGGGAAAUUCACAAAGUGUUUGCUUGCAGGCUUUACAAAAUAUUUUUGUUUGCUUUCUUUUCCCAUGUUUCUUCUUGCAAACAAUACAUGUCGCAUACUUUGACAGCUGUCCUGGAAGAUGAAGUCCAGCAGUCAGCCUCUGUGGAGGAUCACUACGUCUCCCAACCCCACUUGCUCUUCUGUCAACUUUAAACUUUUCCAGAACUUCUUGGAUCAAGCCUAAUUGAAAAUUUGCAUAUGGCACUUUGCCGGAAGACAAUUUGUAUAGGCAAAAUGCAUUGAACAGAGACAUGUCUAUUAUGUGGAAGAAAAGCUUUCUGUACCAUUUGGUGCAUUUCCUGACGCUUUCAACUGUUUUCAUGAUCAUGUCACUUCGGUCAACACUUCCCAUUGACUUGUUGUAGUCAAUUACAACCGAAGGUUUGAGACAUUUUGCACCUGUUCUGUAGUCCAUUUUAGCAGUCUCUUGCAUGUCUGCUGUGUGAAAAGUGGACAGCAUAUAAACAUCUCGCUUGUCACACCAUUUCAAAGCUAACAUUAGGCCUGAAACAGACCUGAAUGUCAUUUCUCCUUUUUGUAAUUUUUCUGCCAUUUUUGGCAUUUCCUUCCGGUUGUGCCGCACUGUGCCGCAAGCAUUAGUUGCGCGAUUGUACAGCCAGCAGAAAAUAGUAGGACUUGUAUACCAAUUAUCACAAAAUAAUGUGUGCCCAUUCUGUAAGUAGGGCUCUACCAGUGUUGCAAUAACAUAUCCAGAGACACCGAGAGAUUGUGUUUUGUAAGAUCAGUGUCAGUUCCACAAUAAAUGAAAAAGUCCAAAAUAUAAUUUGUUUGAACAUCACAAAUCACAAAAAUUUUGAUUCCGAAACGACUUCGCUUUGCUGGGAUAUACUGUUUUAUUUUUAAACGUCCUUUGAACAGAAGGAGUGAUUCGUCCACACAAAGAUUUUCAAAUGGGUACAAAUGUUCUCUGAAAAUGCUCCAAAAUGGGACGAAGUUUGAAUAAAUAAUCUGUGGUUUCCACAGUAUUGUCAUUGAAGUGUAGGAACCUAAGGAUUGACAAGUAUCUGUCCCGUGAAAGAAGUUGAGAAAAAAUCGGAGUUUCCAGAACCGGAUUUUUUGACCAGUACUCCGAUAAAGCCAACUUUUUUACCCUGGUCAUAAUGAGAGACAUAGCAACAAAAAUAAAAAAAUCAUUUGGGGUCAGUUCUGUCCACUCUUUCUUUGUCCUGUCCGUCAAAUCGUCAGCCCUUUGUGUGAAAUAUUUGUUUGUUUCAUGGCAAAUAUGAGCCACAAUUUGUUCAGUUACAAACAAGGAAAACAAACUGAAAAAACUGUUUGUAUCAACAUCGCUUUUCAGUCCAGUCUCUGUGGAGGAAAACUUAUGUUUUUGUGGGGUGAGAUUUCUACAAGACCACACAAGUUUCCGUUUUGCUUCUGGAGAUGUAAUUGUUUCUUCAUCCCCUUCCUCCCCCUCUGAAGAAUCAUCAGACAAUUCAGGGUCAGGUGUUGAUGAGGGGCCGGAAGACGCCGAUGGGCCUGAAGAUGUCGAUGGGCCUGACCACGAUUGUUGAGUAGAAUUUUUUCGUGGUAAUGAUUCAUUUUCCGAUUCAUCACUACUGACCUCAAAGUCACUGUCUAACAGAAGCUGCAAGGCUUCUUCGGUUGUGUAAAAACGUUUGCUCAUUUUAAAGUCUAACCCACAAAAGUAAUGCAAUAAAACCGUCAGGGAAAAUUCGUAAAAAAAAAAAACGAAUAAAUUUCCAUUACAAAUAAUAAUUGUCAGCUCACAACAUACUCAUACUCACGUUUCAACACAGUGAUAACACAAAAUAAACUUUCAUUAUAAGUUAACGUAAAUAAAAUAAUUUAGCACCUUAUUCCCAUGUUUAUACGUCUAAAACCACUACAGAAGGAAGCCAGAAACGUGAAUUAGGCGCGAAAAAUAUUCGGCAGUGCCGCAGGUCGCCGAGUGAAUGGUGAUGACAUCUAGCGGCAGAAAAAUGUACUACUAGUAUCCCGACAGCCCGCUAGUUAUCGCCAAGGUCGGACUUCCACGGCAGUUCACCGUAGCGAAACGGGAAAGAGGUAGAGUCGUCAGGACUUCUAGAGCAGUCCACCGGCGGGAAGGCACUGCAUCCAGUGGACUUCUGCAGCAGUCAGCCGUCUGUAUGGCCCGACUUUGGCCGACUUCUACAGAAGUCAACAGGGGCUAAAGGGUUAACAGAGUUCUUAGUUUUAUGCUGCUUUCAAAUUAAUUUACGUACGUGUGGAUAAUUAAAAAAAUGUAUAUACGUUAAGGCGUUACUGCAUUUUUUUCUACCAUUAUUUUGUUCUGGGACCAUGAUUAGAAUUUAAUCUCUUCAUGGGUGCUUGAGUUUUUACUGUAUAUAACUAGAUAAAUUUGUUUACGUUAAGUAAUUUAGUUUUUGUGUGGGUUAUUAUUUCAUUGAAUUUGUGUUGAUAUAGCACUGUACGAGAAACAUGAUAGUCUGUCUUUGAAAUUGUUAGAAAAUUCAAUUGUAAAUUUACUUUAACAUGUAACACAGUUUUAAAUGUUAAAAUGGUAUAAAUUUAUUGGCUAUUUUUAUUUACACCUUUGUACCAAUGACAUAACCUUCAUGUUAUAUGAUGUUAACUUUCUUAAUAAUAUUUUAAGUUACUGUAAAUUAUAUAUUUUUUUACUUAUGUAAUCUAAUAACAUAACAGUAAAGCUGUUUAUGUGCUAAAUUCUAUAGUAUUUGUUUAAUUUUAAGAUGAUAAGGCUUUUCAAACUUUAAACUCCAUUCCAAAUUUUUUAUGGAUAGUUUAUUGUAAUGAGCAAUGUUCAGAUUGCUGCUGCUUUUUUUUUUCUUUUUUUUCUUUUUUUUUAAAUGAAAACUAAUCAAUUGAGGUGUGUGCAUUUUAACUUGAGCAUUUGUUGUGUUAAACAAUUUAUUGUGUUAGUUUUAUAAUAAUUUAAUAAAAUAACAGAACUAGCCAGAUUAGAGCAAUGUAAGGAAAUAUUGAAACAUGUAUUGUUUUGGCUGUUGAGUGUUUGUUGUUUGUUGCCUAUUUUCAUUUUCAAAAUUUCUUGAGAGUUAAUGUCAAAAUCCAUAGGUCACAAAAUAAAUAAAUGGUCACAAACAUAGUAUAGCUGUUUUUGAAUCAUACAGAAAGCGAACAUCAGUUUAAUUUUGUUGACAGUAUGAUUUUUUUUAAGUAGGUAUUUCAUUAGGCAGACCAACAGAUUGGACCAUAACUACCACAAGAUGUCCAAUCCAUUUAUUUAUAUAAAAUGUUUGUUUCUCGAAGUCAAGUUACCUAAAGCAUAGGCAUUUUCGUAGGAUAAUAACUGGUUUGCAAAAUUAUAUGCAGUUGUUUUGAUCAAAUUGUGAAUUUACAUUCAGUUUGAUGAAUACUGUUUUACCUUAGUUUAGUUUUGCUCGCCGUAUUAAACAGAAUACCAGUUAAAUUAUACCUGUUGCUUUUUUUUUUUGUUUAUCCUUUUUUUUUUGGAUGGUAUAUAACUAUUUCAACUUGUAGAUGUGGCUCACUGAUGCCAUGCACUGAAAAUUUGUAUGUACUGUAUAUAUAUUUAAAGGUAAAUAGAAUUUAUUAAUUUAACUAUUGCUUUAGUGAUGUAUUGAUUUUGUAAAUGUAUAUAUGGAGUAUUACUUCAUGUUGAAGGUAGAAUAUGCAUUCAGCUAACAGGUUUUUGGGUUUCUCUUUUUUGAGAAAUAUGUAAAUGGUUUUUUUAGGUAAUUAACUUCAAUUUCUAUGAUUCAGUCAUGCAUUACUGUAUUAAUCUGUGUAUGAGUUUAUGAACAUUUCGCCCUUUUUUUUUUUUUUAAUUUAACAAUUUUUGAUUUUGUUCAUAGCUCAUUUUGUACAUAAGGGCUUGUGUGAUUAGAAUCAUACAAAGUUCUGAUUGUAUGUACGUACAUGUAAGCUUGGCUAAGAGAAGGUGAGUAGUCGUUUUUGCCAUGUUGAUUGGUCGCGACAGUUGAGUGGAAGCUGUAACUCCAGCUUUGUAUACUAUAUUUAAUAAUUUAUUUGUAUGCUGUCUAUAUGUUUAGAAAAAGAGCAAAAAUGUACGAAUAGUUAUGUAUCGACAAUUUUGUGUAGCAUGAAUUCUGCAAUAAUGGUACUUCCGAUUUGCACUGUCAUGUAAGUUAAUCAAGAUUUGUGGGGUUUGAUUUCUUUGGAAAGAGGUCUGUUACUGCAGUUCAGAAAUAGUAAUUUUGGAUUUGGGGAAAAGGAUUUGGGGGGGGAGGGGGACCAUAUAAAAUUUCUUGUUAGUCCAUUGUUACGUACAACCUUUUUUGGACUGUUGUUAAAGUUAAAUUUUAGGGCUACUUACCAUGUUAUCUUCCCUCGCACUUAAAAUGUGAAUGAUAAAUAUUCAUUUUAUACUGCAAAACAAUCAAGGCUAUCAAAUGUCACACCUUUUAUGAAUAAAAAAAUAAUGAUGUGUUGCAACAAUGUUCAUCUGUAUUGAAUUACUUUUUGGCAUAAAAUUCAUACAUUUAGUUUAUACUUUUAUUUCCGCAAAUGUAUGCACACAAAUUUUUUUCUCCUAAACACCAUGAGAAUGAGUGUGCUGCUUUCAUGUCACAAUUAGCAAAACAUUUAUAGUUAUGGGGGGAAAACACAAUUUCCGUCACACGUGAUAUAAAUAGGCAAUCAAUAUUAUUUUCAAAUGUAACUUUAAUAUGCAAAUACAUAAUGUAGAUGUGUCAAUGCCAUAAUGUAACGAUGUAAAUAAAUGCCUAUAUUUUUUAUGUGAACUUUUCUUCACAAAUAAUUAUUAGUAUUCUUUCAUCACCAUUUUAAAAUCCAUUCACUUUAAAGUAAAUCAUUCUGUACAGGUAGAUAAAAGUUUUUUUUUAAAUAUUUAAAAAUUAUUAAAAAGGUCACAUUUUCAAUGUUAGAGGUUGUAUGAAUGCCUUGUACGUGAAAUACUUGCUUAGAAAACUGUGCACUAGGCCUAUAUUUUUUGUUUCGCUUACCAAACUGAAAAUGGCUACAUAGUACACUUUUUGUUGGGCACAACAGUAAUAGUACUGUAUCAAAAAAAAAUUUAUUGAAAAAGCUUAGAGGAAUGUAAACUGAUUUAAGGAGAGCCGUUGCUUAAGAUACUUUUAUUGUGUAAUUCGCACAAUUGCUUGUUCCAGGCCUAAACCAUGUACCUAAUUAACUACAUGAAUGCUAAUCCAGGGCCUAAACAAACUGAGCUAUUUUAUUGGCUAAAGUUUUAAACUAUUGACCUGGGUGUACAGUCCGGCAGAAACUUUUUUUAAUAGAGUACUAGCGACCCGCCCCGGCUUCGCACGGGUGCAAUGCUGAUACUAAAUAUACUACAGCAUGUCUCUAUGUAAUAUUGAUAUUAUAAUAAUAAUAAUUUUCUGCUCUCAAUUUAGUUUGAUUAUUACGGAUGUAGGCCAAUCUCUCAGAUUCAAUUUUCGCAUAUUGCUGUAUUGCUUAAAAUCGCUUCGUAAAUAAGCCAUUAUUUCUCGUAAAAAGUAAAGGAUAAAAAGUGGUUAUUGUGGGUUAUCCCUAAGAGAUAGACAUAUACCAUCGCGGACUUUUUUGUAGACCUUUUUAAGGUGUACAAUACUGUAGUACAUUAUUUUGAUCUAUCUCGUAGGGUUCAGCCAGCGUUUGCAAUGUAAAGCGCAAAAAAUGUGUUUAUUUAUGACAUCACAUUAGAAACCUUUAAAAUUAUCAGUGUUUCUCUACUAUAUUAUACAUAUAUUAUACAUAUAAACCUUCCUCUUGAAUCACUCUAUCUAUUAAAAAAAACGCAUCAAAAUCCGUUGCGUGGUUUUAAUGAUCUAAGCAUACAUAGGGGCAGACAGACAGUGGGAAGCGACUUUGUUUUAUACUAUGUAGUGAUUAUGUACGGCAGCAUGCAGUUAAUGGUUCUGCAUGCUGAAGUAGAGUUUUACAGUUUAUAUAUUAUUAGUAGGGCCUGGAAAAAUUAGCAUCUAUUUAUUACAUAAUUAGCAUUUAUGAUGUUGAAAAUUAGCAUCUAUUUUCCAGAAAUUAGCAUCUAUUUUUGAGAAAUUUGCAUAAGAUAUUAAAGUUACAUAACAAUACAAGAAGUUGUAAUAGUGUUUAUACCCAUUAUGACGAAUUUUAACACAAACCAAAAUCAUUAAACGGUAUUUGUAAACAAACGUUUGACCACUAGUAAUUUCAGAUGGAAACAAACUGACGAUUCGAGUUGACCAACUUCAGUACGCUAAAUGUGCACCACAAAAUGUAUGAUUUGUCCCUAUGUAAAAUAUUGAUCAGAAAAAAAAUUUGAAGACUAAAGUGAUUAUCAACGAAUGUAAAAAACCGCGUACUAAAAUAUUUGUAGUAGUUUUCAGCAUUUAAAAUAUUUUCAUUUUUAUCUUUGCAAGUUCACUACGAUCCCGUCAACGACCUAGAUAUUUUCUAGGUUGUUGGUUUCCGUGAUGCGCUUCCCGGGAAAUUUUGUUUUGUUAGGUUAGAUACUCUUCAUGAACAGGCAACACACGAUGCAAUGGCGAACGUAGGCGAACGUGAUGUGAUCUAACAAAACAAAAUAACUGCGUCGAUAAGUAGUGUGAACAUUCUUUUCUAAACAACAUUCAACGGUAUCUUGAGUAAAUCGUAAAGAAUAAAUUUACAAAAUUACUUAUUCUAUACUAUCAUGCGUGAUAUUUGGUUAAGGAAUGUUUUAUAAAUAAAGGUUAGGAUUCGGAUUUUAUUCCUUCAACAAGCCUUGUCAGAAGCUAUUGUUUACGGUAAUUGUGUUAUGGUGGCUAUUUUCAAAAAAAAUACUUUGAGGAAUGUGUGUUCAAGCCAUUUUGUUGCAUUCUAUAGUGGUUUUUCGCCCGAUAAUGGCAAUUUUACCGCGAUUUCGCAAAUAUAGCAUUUAUAACAACAAUUAGUAAAAAAUCGCAUCUAACCUCAAAAUUCGCAAAAAAAUCGCAUCUAUCGCAAAUUGCGAAUUUUUCCGGCCCCUAAUUAUUAGGCACUAUUUAACCAUUUAUAUUACUUUAAAAAAAAAACCUUGCUGUGCAUUACAAAGAAGAGAACAUUUCUAUUAGAGGAAAAUAUGCAGUAAAGUUACUAUAGGUUUGUUUUAAUACAGUAGUGUCUCGAUUGAGUUAACGUGGACCGUUGCUACCUCAAAUAAGAAUCUUGGAUUACACCGAUAUAAUAAGUGCCCAGUUGUGUCAUUUUUCGAGGUUAUGUUUUUCCAGCUUUUCUGCAGUGUAGAUUAUUUCAUGUCACCCCAUGAUUUGCCCAAUUAGUGAAUGUCUUAUUUGAGGUUAUUUUUCGUUUGGUUUUUGACAACAGUUAGAUCAUUUUCUAGGUUCUCAAGCAAAUAUUCCUACAGUCUGCUGGUGUAAUUCUGCUUUAUGUUAGCUUGAAUAAUCCAGAACCUCGGUUAAUCCUAGUUCUGUUAAUCAAGACUACUGUAUGGUUUUGGUGUUCAAACUCUGUGAAAACACUUGUAAACAAAAGCUGACGAUAAAAUUUUUACACCCAAAAUGUCUACAGGUCACGAAUGUCACGUACAAGUAGGUAAAGGUUACUAAUAUCAUAGAAAUGCCCCAAAAUAUACAGUAAUGGUACUGUAAGUCACAAAAAAUUAAUAUCCUGCAGUUUUCAGCUCUUUAUUUUAUUCUUUACCUUAGUCAAUAUUGUACAUGAAAUUAAAAAUAGUUUGAAAAUCUUAACAGAGUGAUAUGGAAAUCGUCUAACUUAGUUUCUAAUUGGCUUGUUCCUCCGAUUAGUAGAUCCAGUUAGCAUUGCAUUUGCUCACGUUUUAUGCUGCUUGUAUGUGAAAUUACUCUGCGAUAUAAAACAAUUGUCAGUAUUUUUAUUAAAAGGUCCAGUAAUUGUCAUGAAUAAGUUUUAUUCAGGUAUUGGUAGAUGCCGCUACUUUUUCACUUGUAGUCAUGUUCUUUCCUUAGCAAUUCACUGAGCUGUUUUCGUUCAAAAGUGAUAUUGUGAAAAAUGGCACCGUAUCAGCAAAUAGUAUCUAAUGUUUUAAUUUCCAUCCCAUCGCAUUGCUUAGCCUUUAGGUAGGUGAUUUUUGGGAAUAUUAUGUUCUGGCCUAAUGAAAGCAACUGAAAAAGAGGAAAUCUUCUGAAUAGUUCUGAUUAGACCUCGCUGGGAUUCUAACCCAGAUCCCAAUGGUGAAAGGUGAGAUGCAUGACCAAUCAAUUGCCAUCUCGCCUUUAUCCAACAGUAACAGUCCGGACAGGGCUACACCAUGGCGAAUUUCCAUGGCCAACAUAUACUGUGCUUGCAAACACUGAUACAUCUCUGGCCCAAUCAGCAUCAAGGAUGAAAACCAAAAACAUAAUAAUAUCUUCUGGGAAACAAAUUUUUUUUAUAAGCGUAACAUUAGUGACACCACCGAGAUUUGUACAUUAAAACCACAUCUUAUAUUUCAUCUACAGAAAUUAUUUCUACUAACUACAAAAAACCCCGGUAGAAAGACUGAGUUUUGCAAUCGCAAGCAUGAAAAAAUGUUGAAUUUCCUGGAGCUCAGAAUUCACCACCAUUAUUCACCAGUAAAGGAAAAAGAAAGUUUUUCCGACACCGAUGCAUUGCUUGUCUGAAGUCUAAACAUGCUCUUUAUUUAACAACACUAGAUUUGAACAUAAUUAUAUUUUUCGGUGCUGGGUUUUGAAUAGGUUUUUGUGAAUUUGAUAGAUCAAGUUUGUUUACUUAAAGGAAUAAUGUUGAAAAAAGUAUGUAUUAUGUGGCCAUUUGGAGUUAAUUUUAUUAUGAGACAAACAUAUGUAGGUUUUUGAAGUUGUACCUUAACACGCACUUUACUUUCAUUAGAAGUGUUUGUUUAGUGUUACUGCUCUGCAAUUAUUUUUGAAUGAUUAGAAGCUUCCCAUGCAAUAGCAGACCUCUUUUUUGAUCAUUAGCAUAGGGUUAAAUCCUUUUUGUGCCAAAUGUAAUGGUAGCUGUCUUGUCGCCGAAUUGGUUUCUUGGUUUUCUGGAUAUAGUACAAUUAAUGUCAGGAUUGAGUCAGCACUACUAAAAUAAUUUAUGAAAAUUAAUACUCAUUUUGAAUCAUUAUUUUGAUUGUUAUCCCAUUGUGUGCAUGUUGAACCAUGUAAAUGUUUAGUCGUUAGGUAUUUUGUCGAAGUUCUCCCUGUGAUUGGUCUCAGCUGUGUGUAUGUGUGUGUGACAUAAAUAUUAUUGUUUUAAACCAAAGUUUUUGUUAUGGUAUUCAGAUUUGUACAAACUAUGUUAACUACGAAAGAAUACAACAGAACAUUCGA